AUGCGUCGCGCCAGCCGAGACUACACCAAGUACUUGCGCGGCUCGGAGGAGCUGGGCAGCGGCGCCGCCCACGAGAGCGCCCCGGCCCCGCCGCCGCCCCCGCCGCCCGCGCACCCGCACCCGCCGCCCGCGUCCCGCUCCCUCCUGGCCGCCCUCGUCCUCCUGGGGCUGGGGCAGGUGGUCUGCAGCGUCGCCCUCUUCCUCUACUUCCGAGCUCAGAUGGACCCUACUAGAAUUUCAAAAGAACAUGCACACUGUGUCAGAACACUUUUUGGACACCAAGAAAGUACAGAUUUGCAUGAUGCCUCCUUUGAAAGUCAAGAAGCGAAGUUAAUUCCGGAAUCCUGUAGAAGUGUGAAACAGGCUCUCCAAAGGGCUGUGCAGAGGGAAGUCCAACGUGCUAUGGGAAGAACGCCACCAAGACCAGAGAAAGCUGCAAUGGAAGCAUUAGGACUUGAACUGUACAAGAGGAACAAACCUGAGAAGCAGCCAUUUGCCCAUCUCAUUAUUGAUGAUAAGAAUAUUCCAUCUGGAACUCGCAAAGUGAACCUCACAUCCUGGCAUCAUGACAAAGGCCAGGCAAACUUAUCAAAUAUGACAUUCAAUGAUGGAAAACUAAUUGUUAAUCAAGAUGGAUUUUACUACCUUUAUGCCAAUAUUUGUUUUAGACAUCAUGAAACUUCAGGGAACUUGACUAAAAGAGGGCUUCAGCUGAUGGUGUAUGUGAUUAAGACAAACCUUAAAAUAAGGCGCUUUGAUGUGUUGAUGAAGGGAGGAAGCACCAAAUACUGGUCAGGGAAUUCAGAAUUUCAUUUUUAUUCUGUAAAUGUAGGGGGUUUUUUUAAAUUAAAAUCUGGUGAAAUGAUAAGUAUCCAGGUAUCAAACCCGUUGCUACUGGAUUCUUCACAAGAAGCAACUUACUUUGGAGCGUUUAAAGUUAGAGAUUUAGAUUGAAUCUUUCUUUAGCAUGCUGGAAAUUGUUUGAGUUUUUAGUUGCCAGAAACAACUUGAACAGAAAAUCUUCUGCAACCCAAUUACAUCUGUGUAAGCCAUACAUCUCUAAAGACACGUUUUUGUCCCAUGCAGACUCCAGCUGGAGUCCUGCAAAUACAUGGAAGGGAAAAAUUACACAGUUCUCUUGAUUCAGUCUUAAAGCAGAUUUUUCUUAAAGCAGUUCAUUUGUCUCCACUGGCCUCACUGGAGUCAUUGUGCUUUUUGCAUUGGUGUAGUUGAAAUCAAAAUUAACAUUACUGAGCUUCUGUUUCCAAGUUCUGCCCUGACUACUCGUAUUAGUUUUGGUGCAAACAUAAGGCAGGAAAGAACCUGGCUCCCAACUUGCAUUUAGGGCUCCAUUUUGCUUGGGGUUGAGUGUUCUGACCCUGAGACAGCAAAGAUGGUGAAAGUGUGACUAAUCCCAUUGCAUUUGAUGUGGCUUUUUAGAUGCUGAGUUAACUCUGAUUUUGCUUUGCUGGGUUAGAGUUGGAGAGCUCAGACCAUGGCAGGAAUGGGUUGGGGAGCACCUGAACAACCUAAUUGUUACCUGAUUAAUACAGCCAUUCCAAGAAGAAGGGAGAUCAUCUGGCCUUGCAGUUCUAAAAAGUUAAUUACAGGUCAUGUUAUUAUUGUUGCACAGUUAAUUGCAAAUAUAGAUUGCCAAAAUAUGGCGUGCCUUUAAAGUAUUACUUUGUGCCAGAACCUGCAAAUACAUUUUUUAA